GAGUCAUAGCUGUCAUAGGCCAAACCCUGUACCGCAGACGGUGAGGAUCUCCCUGCGACCGCAUACCUAUUCGAGUACCUGUGGCCCAGGUCAAUCCGGAUGUUGGCCUUAGCUCGGAGUGUCUACUACUAGUAUGGCGUCGCUGGCAGCCCCAAUCAAUAUGACGUAGGCCAUUUUGGCUACAAGAGACCUCUGCUCUUCCUCACAUCAUCCAUCUCUGGUUCUCCUUUCUCCUUCAAGAACUUCGUAUUUGUUCCUUUGGAAUAACUCCAUCUCAUCCCUAUCCUUCCUUUCCAAUUACCCUCCCUCAAUUACCCUUCUCCAACUCGAAACUGUCUAACGGGUUGAGGAUCUCACAGACAUUGCCAAAGCGUCCUCUUCACGGAACCAGACGGCAAUCAUGACCAAGUUCACUUUCGCCAAUUCCUCCGAGAAAGUACCCGGUGAUGGGAUCCUCCCCGCCCAGUUCUCCAUCAGAGCGGCCCCUCAAACAGAUGCCUGGUCCAAACCUCCAUCCACAGACACAUUCACUGCGCCAAUUCUAUACCGGAGUGUUCCGUUGAAGUCGUUCAAACGGGUCAGAGUCGCCUUCAACGCAGUCUGGCAGCAAAACUAUGACCAGGGUGGACUCAUCCUUGUCCUCAACGGUGCGGGAGGCACUCGGAAAUGGGUCAAGACAGGCAUCGAACUCACCCGUGGCCGACCUCACCUGAGUACCGUCACCAAAGACAACUGGGCGGACUGGAGUCUGCAGCCUGUCCCGUCAGGAGGUGGAGCGGCGACACUAGAGCUGGUCCGAGAGCCAGACAACAGCCUGUGGAUUUAUCUUGUGGAAGGCAUCCAGAAAUCCCCUCUCCGGGAAGUCACCUGGGUGUUCGAGGAACCGGAUGUUCAAGACCUCUGGGUUGGGCUCUAUGCAGCACGGCCUUCGAAAGAGGGGGAGGACCUGGUGGUGAACUUUGGCCAUCUGAUACUCGACACGUCAGAUUAAUGGAUGUCUUGUGUGCAAAUGUAUUUUAUGCAUAAUGUCCAUGGUGGCCAUGUCAUCUAGAUCUUGUCCUGAGUCGAUUGGCAGUCCCUAUAAUGUUGAUACUUCGGAUGAUGGAUUCAGGCAUCCUACCUGAAAAGAAUGGUACAAUGCAAUCUCAGUCCCAGACCGUAAGAAUACGUACUGCUGAAGUUGCAAGCUUGUAGUAGCAGUCCUCGAUGUGUGCUGGAUAAGUAGUAUUCGAGUGUCACCGAGAAUGAUUGCCAAUCAUAACUGAGAUCCGGCUAUCUGCCAGCUCCAUUACCGUCACUGGUUCGAUCCCCAGAAGCACCGACCACCACCAUCAUGGAUGACU